UAAUGUGUAUGUGCUUAGGUGUGAUACACAUACAUGAAACAUCCGACAGUUUGAGAAUAACUGGAUGAAGAUUAAUUUUAGAAAACUGGUUUUGAAUGGAUUAUAUGAAGAAGCUAUCUUUUACUACACUAAGUUGCAUUCAACCAAUGCCAUUCCUAACACUUUUUAUUUUGAUUAUCCAUCAAUUUUCAAAGCUUGUAAAAAGCUUACUUUAGUGUCUACUGGAGUUCAAAUCCAUACCCACGUUAUAAAAACUGGGUUUAGUUCUGAUGUUUUUAUAGCAACAUCCAUUACGGAUAUGUAUAUGAAGUCAGGGUUUUUUAAAGGUGGAGCUAAUAUGUUUGAUGAAAUGACUCACAGAAAUAUAGCUUCAGUUAAUUCUGUUAUAUCAGGGUUAUCACAAAAUGGGUAUUUUAGCGAAUCAUUGCUGGUUUUUAAGAAUGUGGGAAUUGGAGGAUUUAAACCAAAUUCAGUUACAUUAGCUAGUGUCUUACCGGCAUGUGAGAGACUGAAAAACGGGUUAGAAAUCCACGGUUUGGCAGUAAAGUUUGGUGUUGAGAUGGAUAUUUAUGUAGCUACUUCUUUGUUAACAAUGUACUUCAAUUGUAAAGAAUUGGUUUCAGGUUUGAAAGUGUUUAAACUGAUUCAAGAUAAAAGUGUAGUGUGUUAUAAUGCUUUGUUGUCAGGGUUUGUUCAGAACGGGUUGCCUGUUUUCGUCUUGAAGUUCUUCAAGGAAAUGAGGCAGGUUCUGGAAGAAAAUCCUAGUAUAGCAACAUUGGUUUCAGUUCUGUCUGCUUGUUCUGAUGCUUUGAAUCUUCGAUUCGGAAAGCAAGUUCACUGCCUGGUCUUGAAACAUACUGCGGGCAGUGAUGUUAUGGUGGGAACCACACUUGUAGAUAUGUAUUCGAAAUCUGGGUGUUGGAAGGAUGCCUAUGACAUCUUCAAGGAAAUGGGUGACUCUAGGAACUUAAUGACUUGGAAUUCAAUGAUUUCAGGAAUGAUGUUCAAUGGUAAGUGUGAGAUGGCAGUGGAGCUUUUUGAGCAGCUGGAACUAGUCGGGCUGGAACCAGAUUCAUCUUCUUGGAAUUCGAUGAUUAGCGGGUUUUCUCGAUUGGGAAAGGGGAUUGAAGCUUUUCAUUUCUUCAAUAAAAUGCAAUUAGCAGGCAUAACACCAAGUUUACAGUCAGUGACAAGCCUUCUAUCAGCCUGUUCAGUUCUCUAUGCUCUGCGGAGCGGAAGAGAAAUCCACGCUCACACGAUUAGAACUGCUAUUGAGGCGGAUGAGUUCAUCUCCACUUCACUUAUCGACAUGUACAUGAAAUGUGGGUUUACUUCUUCGGCUCGUAAGGUUUUCGAUCAUGGUGAGAGAACUGAGGAUCCUGCCAUAUGGAAUGCAAUGAUUUCAGGGUAUGGGACAAAUGGGAAGCAUGAUUUUGCACAUGAAAUUUUUGAUCUGAUGCUAAAAGAGGGCGUAAUACCCAAUUCAUGUACAUUUGUUGGUCUUUUAUCUGCUUGCAGUCACACUGGUAAUGUGGCAAAAGGGUGGGAGCUUUUCAGGACAAUGGACAGAAAUUUUGGUAUGAAACCAAACUCGGAGCAUUUUGGUUGCAUGGUUGAUCUUUUAGGUAGAGAUGGACGGCUUGAUGAAGCCUGGAAUUUGAUUCAAGAAAUAGCAGAACCUUCUAGUUCUGUUUAUGCAUCUUUGCUUGGUGCUUGUAGACUUCAUUUGAAUGCCGACCUGGGAGAAGAGAUUGUUGUAAGGCUUUUGGAAUUGGAGCCAGGGGACCCAUCUCCCUUUGUAAUCUUGUCUAAUAUAUACGCGGGGCAGGGGAGGUGGAAGGACGUGGAGAGGAUUAGAGACAUAAUGAGGGAUAAGGGUCUCAGAAAGCUCCCUGGUUGUAGUUUGAUAGAAGUUACAGAGAAUUCUACAUGUGUGUAAUACAUUGGUUGAGCAAUAUUUGAAGCAUAGGCGCAUAGCAGAGGAACUCGCUGACCUAUGAAUGCAACAAAAAAUAUCUCAUCAACGAAACAAUGGAAAAUCCUGAUGGAAAGAGAAUGUCAUAGAAGCUGGAGACACAUCAAGUUCCCAUGUGGGUUAUUUGAAGGAGGAGAGUGCGUAGGUUGAUGCUCAGCCAUAUCCAUUACUGCUGGAGGGGUGAGUUAGAAAAUAUGGAAA